AUGAGCCAUCAAGUCGAGCAGCAACAUGAAAUCGACCAGGCCGGCGACAUCAUCGAGGCUGAAGUUCCGAUUGAGCGAAUUACCGUAAAGACCAAAGGAACCAAUACAACUCCCGAGCCUUCGACACCCAGCUCGAGCAUCCACGGCAGAGUCCAUGGCACUCCCGAGAUUAUAGAUGAUGGAGGAGUCGUACACCAGUACGAAGAAAGAGAAGGUGCAAAGAAGCCGCGGUUCGCAUACCUCAGGACAAGAGAUUUUUGGAUCGUGCUCUUGCUCACCCAAAUCAUUGCUCUGGCCCAGACUGGAACAAACACUCUCACAUCAUUGAUUAAUGCUCGAGGCACGAGUAUUCCGGCUUUCCAGACCUUCUUCAACUAUGUCCUGCUGAACGUAGUCUACACAUCCUUCACCAUAUAUAAGUACGGUUUUGCCAGAUGGGGCAAGAUGGUUGUCAAAGAUGGUUGGCGAUUCUUCAUAUUGGCCUUUUUGGACGUCGAGGGCAAUUAUUUCAUCGUGCUUGCCUAUAAGUACACGAAUCUUCUGUCUGCUCAGCUUUUCAGUUUCUGGACUGUCGUCGUUGUUGUCGUCAUCUCGCUGGUCGUUCUCAAGGUGNAUUACAUUACUAAAAGUAACAACUACUCUCCUGUCAAUGCCCUCAAGGGAGAUCUCUUCUGCCUCCUCGCUCAAACGCUUUACGGUUUCAGCAACACCUUUGAAGAGUUCUUGGUUUCGAAACGACCCAUGUAUGAAGUUAUUGGCCAACUCGCAUUCUGGGGCAUGUUCAUCAACGGCGUACAAGCUGCCAUCUUCGAUCGCCAUUCUAUCCAGGAGGCACACUGGGAUGGACAAAUCAUCGGCUACAUUGUCGGCUAUACUCUGUUGCUGUUCAUCUUCUAUUCUCUGGCACCAAUCGUCUUCCGCAUGUCUUCCGCGGCUUUCUUCAACAUCGGUCUGUUGACAGGCACCUUCUGGNGAAUUGUCGUUGGUACCCAGGUCCUGGGUUACCACAUCCACUAUCUUUACCCUAUCGCCUUCGUUCUCAUCAUUCUCGGCCAUUUUGUUUAUUACGGCACUGAGGGUGUGCUAGGCGAGGCCAAGAAGCCAUGGUUGGGAGAGAAUCAAGAGCUUGGUGAAUCUGGUCUUGGAACAGCUCGUCGCCGUGCCGAGCAUCCUAACGCCAUCGUCUGA